GACGUCAGAAGGGAGUCUUCGCCUCGAGUCAAAACAAAACAAAACAAAACAAGUCCAAAAAAUACUGAAGGAGUGAAUAUUUGGACCGACACAACGACAGCAACUUUUACCAAACUGAUCGAGGAUUAAAAACGGCUACUUGGAGGAAGUUAUCGGGGGCUUUUAACGGACUUUUUCACGGAUUGUAAACUCUGGAGUAGCAGGAGCUUAACCAGCUAACGUUACGGUGGCUAUCGUGCUGUUUUCAGAGUGCGGCGAGUGGGAGCCGACAGACCUCCGAGGCGACCUAACUUCACCCAACACCCAGGAAUCCGCUUUGUAGUCGGUCUACCGAGACCGCGGGGCGAAGCCCAGCCGAGCUCCGGGCCUCGGUGGAGAGGCUUUUAUAGCCGCUUCUUGGCGCAUCGUGUGCCGCGGCAGGAGUGGAGAAACAUGGCAGAUGGUGACAUGCGCCUGGCCGCAAUGUGGCGGAUCGUGCAGACUUGAAGCACGGACUCCUCUCAGCGUACAAUUCUCUCAUCUUCCCACUUUUAUUAACUGAAAAACACUAUUUGUGAGCCAGCUAAUCCUGCUCUCCCUUCCUUCUUCUCGACAUUUCUCCGGUUGUUUAGUUCCAGCGGGUUUAACGUGCAGGCCGCCAGACUCUACUGUUUUUACACUUUUUUGGCAGUUGGCUAACAACCAUUGCUGGCAUAAUCAGCCGCUAUACGCUUUUUCUCUUAACUCGGAUUUAACCGGGCUUGUCUGUGUCUUUUUUAUAAAGUUUGUGUGGAGUUUUUGGCUUGUGGAGCGGCCAGACAUCACGUUGUUUACAAGUGGAAAAAGACAGGGCUCUCCUGAGAAGAUCUUUUGUAACAGUAGCCAGCUAAUCCCUGCCUGUAGUCUUCAUUGCUUAACAGUAAAACAAACACAGGUUUGAGUGGGAAAACAUACACAUAAUUUGACAAAUUUGGUACGGAUUAAUUCUGUAAUUUUGAUUUGUUAAAAAAGUACUUACUUCUUUUCUAUUCUCUUUUCUAUUCUAUACCCUUUAUAGCAUUUAUCCUUUGACAAUAUUUAAUUUCAGUAUUUUACUAACAGGAAUGGCAUUUUUUUUGCAUCCAUUCACCUUUAACUUUUUGCUAUUACUUUCCAGAUGAGACAAAACCAGAUGUGUUGGUGUUCACUGCCACUCUGCCACUUUUGUUUUUAUUUCAUUCAAACAAAGGGACCCUCAUCCCGGCCCUCCUUCAUUCUAUAUAAAUCGGAAGGUUUAUGAUAGUUACUAUUAAGGAGAUUAUUUGGGUUCCCUAAUCUCCAAUCUGAGGAUUAACCGAGGCUAUUGGUGUGUCCAGAUUAUUACGUCUCUUCUCCAGGCCCCUCUGUUUACACCCCCGCAGUGGCUGGAGCAUUUUUUUGUCAGGAAGUUGUUUUUUUAAAGCAUCAUCCACUAUAAGUUCAAUUUAACUUUUAAAGGUAGCCUAGAUGUUAUAAGUGGUCCCAUCUGUUUGGUUGAGUGGAAGUUCAGAGGACCGCCAUGGAGGACUCCUCGGUGCCCCCGAUUGACCCAGAUUUCGAGCCACAGAGCAGACCACGCUCCUGCACGUGGCCCCUGCCGAGACCCGACAUCUCUGCUGUCAAACCGGAGGUGGCCGAUGGCUCCGAGUCCGCCGCCGGGACCCCGCCCGCCGACGAGGACAAGCCCGAGCCCCAGCAAAUCACCGAGCCCGAGAAGGCUGCGGCCGCCGCGGCCGAGGGAGGGGUCGUGGCCGGCGUGGGCGGAGCCGGAGCGACGCCCCGCAAAGGAUCGUCCCGCCGCAACGCGUGGGGGAACCAGAGCUACGCAGACCUGAUCAGCCAGGCCAUCGAGAACUCACCUGAGAAGAGGCUGACCCUGGCACAGAUUUACGAGUGGAUGGUGAAGACAGUGCCUUACUUCAGAGACAAAGGAGACAGCAACAGCUCAGCCGGCUGGAAGAAUUCAAUUCGCCACAAUUUAUCACUCCACAACAAGUUCUUGAGGGUUCACAAUGAAUCGACAGGUAAGAGCUCCUGGUGGAUGCUCAACCCAGAGGGAGGGAAGACCGGGAAGGCUCCCCGCCGCCGGGCCGCCUCCAUGGACAACAGCAGCAAACUGCUGAAGAGCCGCAUGAGGGCCAAGCAGACCAAGAAGCAGGCGGGGGCAGCCGGCCUGGGCGGCGCCGGGGGGGUGCAGGGCGACGGCAGCACAGGGUCAGCGGGUGCGGACAGCCCGAAUUCGUCCCAGCAGUUUCCCAAAUGGGGGGUCAACAGCAGCAGCCCCUCGUCCCGCGGCAGCCUGGAUGACGCCGACAUGUGGACCACCUUCCGCCCACGCACUAGCUCUGACGCCAGCACUCUGAGCGGACGUCUGUCCCCCAUCGCUCCUGGACAGGAAGAUGGAGAUAACCUGCCUGAGGACGGACUGCUGGGAAGAUACGCCGCUAGCAGCUUGACCCCCACCCUCACCGAGACCCUCAUGGAGGAGCUGGAUCAGCUGGAUCUGAUCGACAGCCUCACGUUGAUGACCGGGCAGCAGGGAGGCGCCAGUCCCAGCACAGCACCACCAGCACCUCCCACUCCGCUGCCCUCCGCCUCCACUCUGCUGCCUCGUGGCUCCAGCUUCUCCUCCUCCUUCCAUCAGCUGCAGCCAUCCAGCCUCCCGCAGGCCCCCACUCACACCGGGACCCAGGCCUCCGUCUCUCAGUGUGGAACCAGCAGCAAAGAGCAGUCGACCUUCAGCAACUCCCUCUUCAACCCCAUGUCCAACUCCGGCUCCCGUGGGGGCGGCCAUUACACCACCCACGUGCCUUCCAGCCUGGAGGCGCUGCUCACCUCUGACUCCCCUCCUCCCAGUGAUGUCAUGAUGACCCAGGUGGAUCCCCUCAUGCCCAGUCCAGGAGGGGUGGGCCUGAUGGGCAUGGGCACAUCCGUGGUGGGGGGUGUGAGGUCCAAACCCAACCAGCUGCUGUUGGGUAAAGGUCUGGAGCCCAACACGGUGGCCCCCAUGGCGCUGCAGGCCCAGAUGCAGCAGCGUCACCUUCACCACCACCAGCAGCAGCAGCAGCAGCCACAACAACACCAGCAUCACUCUCAGAUGGGGUUGGGGAUGAUCCUCUCAGGUAUGUCUCAGGACCCGUCGCAGCUCUCUGCCCUCAAAGCCCAGCAUGCCGCGGUGUCGGCGGUGGGCUCUCACCACGGAGGGCCCGUCACCUCAGCCAACCCCGGCGUGAGCCUGCAGGGGAUGAGUCAGUUCGGAGCUCCGUCCUGCUUCCCGGCCGGUCAGGACCGACUGCCCACAGACUUGGACAUUGACAUGUUCACCGAAAACCUGGAUUGUGACGUGGACUACAUCAUCAACAGUGACCUCAUGGACGGUGACGGCAUCGACUUCAACUUUGACCCCAUACUGCCGGGAGGCCAAGGCUACGGCAACCCGGCCACCACGCAGGGCUCCGCUCACAGCUGGGUGCCCAGCUAAUUCUUCAGAGUUAGCCAGGAACCGAUCUCCAAUAAAAAAAAACCUCACGAAACAACAGAACGACUGGUGCAUUCCUCCUCCCUGCUGGCCAAAGAUACGUUUUUUCAAAUAUGACGCUUCUCUCGGACUUUGAAAACCAGACCUCGCUCGUGUCGUGUGCCAAGACAUGCGGAGGACGGGGAGGAGAUUCAGGCUACUAUGCACAAUAUUUUUCCUUUUUAAAAGUAUAUAUAUAACACUUGCAACGAUUUGGCUGCUAGCCGUUUUUUUUUCUUCUUCUAAUCUGAACUGAUGAUUUUUAAACGAUGUGUGACGUUUUAAGAGUGAAAGACAAAUCAUUAACUCCCGGAGUUUAUAUUUCAGUUAUGUUACACCAGAAUAGCUUUAGAUUGGAUACGGUACUCGAUGUUGUUGGUGUUGAAGACUCGUGCGUUCUUUGGAGGCAAGUUUUCCACUGACGCUCGCACAAACUGCCAGGCCGAAUACUGCGUGAGGUGCAGGUCCUCUGCUCCAGAGAGAGAGAGAGUUUAGUUUGAUCCCAGGAGUCGGACUGUGUUGUGAACAGGCAGAGGAUAAAAGACGGGACGGCUGGAGGUUUAAAAUGUUUGAUACAACAUUGGAUGCACAUCUCGCCCAACUGUGGACUAUAUGUACGAUUUAAAUUUCUCACUUUAGAGGAAAAAAAAGUUUUCUCCAAUGAAAUUUGGUGAGUUAACAGUUAAGAGGGUCUGUGUUUGCAGUUUGGCAUUUUUGACUUCAAUCCAGUGUGUUAUGGUAGGUUUUUUUUUGUUGCAGUUCAACUAACAAAAAUGAAGAAAUGUGAUUUGUGAAUUAUUACACGGGGCAUUCAAGGGUAAAUUUAUUUGCCAACAAGUGAUUGGUUGGCCAAGUAUUAUAUUGUUUUAGACAGCAGUAUGCCUCCACUGUCGAAUGGUCUACCUGAUAAUUUCUUCUUCCUUUUUGUUUUCGAGCCUGUGCAUUUUCAAAGCACUUAGGUUUCCUGCGACACAGGGACCCCAAACUAGGAGACACAUUAGGUUAUACCAUUUCAUUUUAAAAGAAAGAGUUUAAAUCCUGUAAAAAAAUGGAAAAAAAAUCAUGUAAAGUACACAUUGCACAUGUACACAAUGACACGCUAUGCAGAAUUAUCAGGAGAACAAAAUGAAAUCUUGAAGGAAAUUUGAAAAAUCACUUCUUGAAGGGUUUUGUUAUUUAACAAUUUUCCUGAUAUUAUGUCGGGGAGUGGGGGUUUGGGGGUGAGGGGAGGGUGUGGGUGCUUCAUGCCAGAAUAUUCUCACACUUUAAUUAUUCACUUUGAGAAAUUAAUUCUCUGUGUGAGAAGUACAAAAAAAGAAUAUAUUUGAUUAUAGUUUUAAUAUACAAUUUAGGCGGAGGUAAUAAAUUAGAUAUUAAUACAUAUGAAUAUAUUACUAAUGACAAGUGAUGUUUUUUUUACAUUGGAGGAAGCAUUCUCAGAUCAUUUUUAACGGUAAUUUUCUAUACUUUUAUUUUUGUAAAGGAUGAGAUGCAUGUAGAUUUUUUUACAUAACCAAAGGAACACUAAUAUUUGCAUUUGCAUGGCAUUUAGGGAGCGCUUGGGCCUGACACAGUAUCUCCGUGUACAUAUGCUUUGCAAGAAAAACAUGCCUGUAACAUGAAAUCUGACUUUUAAGAGUCGAGCGAGGCAGAGUGCAUCAAUACUUGACCAUUUUAACUAAAAUUCCCAAUGAUCUGCCUCAUUGUUUUCUGCAUUAAUUGUGAAUCCAAGUUUUUAAGAAAGAAAAAAAUUCUGUGCUGAAUCGUGUCAGGACGAAAAGAAAAAUCUCGCCGACACGCCGCUGAAUUCUCAUCUCAAACCGAGACUAGUACAACUGUUACCUCUCAGGGUCGCUCGGAAGAAAAAAACGACAGGAAAACAAGCACAGAUGUAAUCGGAUCACACGACAAAAGCAAAAUAAACAAGUAUUUAUUCUGCACAUUUUCUCUGUUACAACAGACUGGAAACCAACACACAAACACGUCUUUUGCUUUCCUGGAGGAGUUUCUGUCUUAAAAAGAGUUGACUUUAAAUUUGACUUCCCUUUUCUUUUUUAUUUAGAGAAAUGUAUAAUUUAGCUCUCCAGCCAUUUAUAUCAGUACUAGCCUAAUCCUUGAGGGUUGUUUUUUUCCAUUUUAUUUUGACUGCCAAUAUUUAAAACACUAUAGCAUGACUUUACUCUGUAGUAAGAUGGACUUUAUUUUGUCGUCUUCCCCCUUAAAUUCUGUGUUUUGUGUUUGUAUUUAAUUGUUCAUAACCGUUUUCGUGAUCAGAAAAAAACUUCCCUGCAGCUUAAACUCUUCAUCAUUUCACUGUAGCUAUGUGAAUAUGUUAGCCUCUGACUUGUAUAAAGCACUCUUUCUUUUACUUUUUUUUUUUUUUUUACUUUUUGAAUGGUGCUAGAUGUCAUGUGUGACGUAUCCUGCAGUACGCCAUGAUGCAACGGGUGCAUAUCAGGGCCUUUUGAGUUUUCUGUACACAGCACAAGGAUCUUGAUUUGGUGUUAGACGUUAGCACAUGAUCAACAGUCCUUCCCCACUCUCUGUUUUUAUGUUUUUAUAUAUAUUAUACCCCCCCCCCAAACUGGUCAUUAAAUAGAUCUGGAAACAGAAGACCAGCUUGUUCAAACUGCAUGAUUUUCUUGUAAUUUUAAAUCAUAAUAACGUAAUUAUUUUAGAAAGUUAUAUACGCAACACCCUCCCCCCACCCACCCCAGUUUAUUGAGCUAACGUCCAGGUGUUGGAAAUGUUAUUAACAGUUGAAAGGACAGACAUGUACAAGGAGCGGUUUGAUGUCUCUAGUUCACUGUUGCCUCCUUUUUUUAAAAAAAAAAAGUAAAGAAAAGGCAGGUGUUGCGUUAUGACUUCCCUUGUAUUUCCCCCUUUAUGUAAUAAUUAUCUUCAUAUUUUGUUCUUCAGUUUUCUUUAAGUAGCAGUUAGUCCCUGUAUAUUGGUUUUGAAAUAUAAAAUCGUCCCAUUUAACACAGUAUUUUAGCAUUCGGCAAGGGGUUUUCCUUCCCCAGGGGAGGGUGGGGUUGUGCAUAAGCCAAUUAUGUUUAUCAUUUUUGAUUAAUGUUUAUAGUUUUUAUCACCCCCCUUUCUUAGUCUUUUUCUUUCUUUACACAUUGUAAAGUCAGCCAGAGAUGACAAACAGUUCUGAACAGCAGAAAUAAAUUCAAUAAACUGUUUAACCCAC